AUGUCUCCAAAAAAUGAGCUAGCGUUGGACAAACAGGACUCCGACUCAACAGUAAUUCGCCAAGUAAGCCCCAAUAUCACUACCAUUAGCAUCCCAUUCGCACAGUUGGGGCUUCUCAAAACGGGUGGACGAACAACUAUCGUGCAACUUCAAUCCGGCUCACUUGCAGUCAUAUCGCCGGUGCGAUUGACGGACGUCGUGCGCAAUGCGCUGAUUGCAACGAACGGCACAGUCAAAUAUAUCAUCGCUCCAAACUUGGAGCAUUACAUGCAGAUUGGCUCAUGGAAAGCAGAAUUUCCCGGCGCAUGUCUCAUUGUCCCCGAGGGCCUACCUGAAAAAUGCGCCAAGAAACUAGGCUUAGGUCGGGAGGUAUUCGACAUCAUCUACACUGCGUCGGAAAGCCAGAAACAUAUCUCGGAAGAAUUUGACAAUGAGUUCGAUGUACAAUACAUUGAUUCAAUGGAGUCUCACGAAAUUGUCUUGUUCCACAAGCCGACUCACACAGUCAUCGAAGCAGACCUUUUAUUUAAUGUACCCGCUGUCGAGCAAUUCUCCAAGUCAGGCCAAUCACCAACUUCUGGGGUUUUAACGAAGCUUGUUUCGCCAAUCUUCUCCACAGCAUAUCCUGCGACAUGGCAGAAGCGUCUAGCAUGGUAUAUACUAGGAGCUAAAGACCGUGUCGCUUUUGCCGUGUCAUUGCAACGUAUAUACAGCUGGGAUUUCGACCGCAUUAUACCCUGUCAUGGAGAUGUCAUUGAAAGUGAAGCAAAGAAGGUAUUCGGUAAUAUUUUCGAGUGGUAUCUGGAUGGAGAGAACAAGCGUCUCUGA